GAGAGUUAGGGAGCCGCUUCAAAAGCUAAUAUCUAUUAUUACUACUACUACUACUACUGUGUAGUCUGUACUAUAGAACUUGCCCCCGUUAUAUUCUAAAAAUGGCAGCUACGGAAACGAGUUUCACCGAGAGUUUUACACCUGACAAAGCUAAAGCUGCGUUGCGGGAGAUUUUGGCUGCUCUCACAAGUGGAGAUGUUGUUGAAUCUCUGGAAGCUGCAAGAGAGGCUGCUGGUAACGACAUGGUUGCCCUUAUGACAAGAGUAUUUCCGUUAGUAACUCAAGUCACCAUACAAGUCAUUGGAAAUUAUGGAUUUUCUCAGGAUGGUGUUGGAGCAAUCCAGUUUGAACAUGUGAUGAAGAAUUUGGGACAGGAUGACCCAGAAGUAGUAAGACUUCAUUCUCAGGUUCGUUCAUAUUUCCUCCCUGCAGUUGUGAUCCCUCCUUCUGGGCAUCCGUAGGCCAUUUACAUGUAUAUGACGGUGGGACAUUGUAUUUCUGUGUUUAAAAUAUAGUGGUCAAGAAUCAUGCAGCUUUGGAAAUGUGUAAGAAAUGCACAAUGAAAAGCACAAAUGGAAUGAAAAUUUGGGGAGAAUUUUGUACAAAUUGUGCAAAUAAAGACCCAAAUUUUCCAGUAGCUCAUGGCCGAUUUACAUUAUCUAGUGCUUGAUUAUACAGAUUUGAAGUUGCUCAAGUACCUAGCAACCUACCAUAUUACGCAUUUAUCUGUGGUUUCUUUUCUGUUUUGUGUCUAAUUUUUAAGGAACUUUCUUUCAGCAUUACAUGGUUUGUAUUCUACUUUAUUUAGAUGACUAUAAGUUUGUGAUAAAUAUACAUGUAUGGAGGAUAAGCUGAUGAUUGUCAUGGGUGAUGGUGCUUUAACUGCUUAUGAUGGCAGAAGUGGAGAAGGAUAGAAUUGCUGAAAGCAUGGGCAAUUGCUAACAGUGCCAUGUAUCCCUGUUGGUGGUUGUGCAAUUGUGUACUCUGACAGAGCUGUUGACAGUAACAGAUAUCAUAGGAAAUGAAGCAGGUGACUGUGGACUGUGAAUAGGAAGCAUUGGGUGAUAUAUGUCUGCAGGGUCUUGGUCUAAUUGUAGCAGUGGUAUACAGGUGAAGAUCCAGAAUUGAUCCAUUAUCACAAGGUGUCUUAUGUCACAUCAUGAUGCUUUUACUUUAAAUUGUGGGGUUUUCUGAAGUACUGAAAAUAUGGAGUUUUGAGAUGGUUGUGAUUUAUUUUACAUAGGAAUGUAAGUUCAUAUGAUGUUGUUUCUCAUAGCAGAAUUUUUUGUCUCAUAUGCUGUAGUUGUCUUGUCUUCAUUUUUGCCCUUAGAUCUUUGAGUUAGAGCACAUAUGUAUAUAAAAAUUGUCCUUCUCAUUAGGUCUUUAUUUUUAUGUGUAGAGAAUGGGACUAAGACACAUUCAGUAUUCUUAGCAUUGUGGAGAGACUUUAAUUUAAGAGCCUUGUUGGCAUUACAUACCAUGAAAAUGGACAUGUAGUCUGAGUUGUAUCAACAGAUUUCCCUUAAUUGGGAGCUGUAAAUCUCAAGAACUUUAUUCUGCAUCUCAAGGAAGCAAUUGGAUCUUUCAUUGACUUAUUUUUUACUUAUUGGUUUUAGGUUUAUAAGAAUUUUUUUUUGGGGGGAACUUUCAUGUUUCAGUUUUUCAGAAGACAAAACAAUACUAAUUCAUAAACAAAAAAUGAUUUUUUGCCUUUUAUUUGGUUAUUGUGAGAACAUUUGGUUAGUAAAGAGCAUCAGGUACUUGAAUAAACCAUCGACUUUAUGAUGUAGCACUAGAAAUGUAACAAGUUGUUAAGAGACCAGUUUACCCUGUAGCUAAAAGUUAAAGGAUUUGCAGAUCUUGUUUUGUUUUAUAGACAGUAUUUGAAUUUUUAGAAAAACUUUUGCAUGUUACCAUGAGUAAAACUCUCACUUCUGUUUUAGUGUAUAAGAUAUGUUCAAUAAUAAUUCAGUAAUAUUUCAUUUGGCUAAAAAUUACGCUAGUUUUUUGUCCAGUAGCUGUCUUCAUUUUUAUUUUUUGGAAAUUUUUACUAAUUUUUUCAUGGUAGUUAAGAACUACAACUUAUUAUUUAAUACUGUAAUAUUUUUCUAUACUGUAGUAGUACAUACAUACUUUUACUCACUAUGCAGAUACUGUUGUAUCAUGUUGAUGUCAGGAAACAACUGUAAUGUGUACCUUUUCUAGUCUUUAUAUGUAAAAUAUAUAAAUUUUGAAGUAUAAUUGGUGUAUUAUUCUAGCAACAACAGAUAUUCUUGCUGUGAUCUUGAUUGAAUAUUAAUUGUGACUUCUUCAUACGUUGUGUCUGCUUACAUUUAAAACCAAUUGUGUUUUUUGUUUUUGGUGAAAUGCUUCUUGGUAAGUACUAUGAUGUUUUCUCAUUCAGUAGGUUUCUUCUUUUUGAUGAUCUGUUGGGGUGUGUACUGAUAAUUGAGGGAAUUGUUUCAUUCAUCAUUUUGUGUUCUUGUUUAUCCACUUUUGUCUUUGCCGACUGCAGGCAAUGAGGAAAUUACUAUUUGUGUUGAGCAAGGUUACAAUAUACACUGGAAUGUGUUGUUUGGCACUAUCAAGCAUGAUGCAAUUAAAUAUGAUAAAUCAAUGCAGUAAUAACCACAGCAUAUGACUGUAGCAUUAUUUAAAAUGGUAAUAAAAACCACUUUUAACUGGAUCAUUGACUAGUUGUUGCAUAUCUACUUAACUGAUAACAUUGUAACAUGGUAUCCAAGAAUAAAAAAAAAUGAAUCCAAAGACAAUGAUAUACAUUGAUUUUAUCGUUCAUUAUUGUGGAUCUGUUAUUUUUAAUAACAAUUACAGGACUAAUACUUGCU